GGUGAAUUUAAUUUAAUUUAUUUACCCAGAAUUAUGAGUUCAAUAACCGAGUACGACAAAGACGAACUGGUGCCGCCGCAAUGGUUGAACAAUGCCUUCUUUGAGCAAGUCUUGCAGCCGCAAAGCAGUAAGGGGAAAAUUAAAAUAACAAAUAUAACAAUCGAGCCCGCCACCGAAAAGGGUGAACACUACGCAAGUGUAAUGUACCGAGCCAACGUGACGUUUACUUUACCAGCCGACUGUGAUGCCGCGCCACGGCAGCAAAGCAAAUCAUUAAUUGUGAAAGCAUUACCUGAGCUGCGGGGCGAGAAACAACGGCUGCUGCAGGACUCCAAGCUCUUCGAAACCGAAAUCGGCAUUUACACUGAAGUCGUGCCAAGGCUGGAAGAGGCAUUGCAGUUGGCAGGCGAAUGCGUACAAUUUGGCGCCAGCUGCCUCUACAAUACGCUCAGGCCCCUAAAAGUAUUGGUGUUUGAAGAUUUAACCGAGCUGGGCUAUGAAAUCGUGCGCAUGCGUGCGCUAACUGUGAACGAAAUUAAAGCAGCCUAUCGUAAGUUGGCCAAAUGGCAUGCGGCAAGCUAUAAACUAGCAAAGGAGCGCCCUGAAAUCUGCCAUAAAUAUCGCCAUAGCUUCAUGACUAUUCCAUACAUUGUGAAUAGCUCCUUCAUAUCGAGCGGUAUCAAAAAUUUCAUCGAUAUGCUAGGCUCCGUGCCUACUUUGGCAGCAUAUAAGCCGUACUUUCUGAAACUCCAGCCAGAUUGGGCUGCCAAAUGUCGCGCCACAUACACCGAAUAUUUCUUGAACCACCAGCAGCAAACCUACUAUGGCAUUUGCCAUGGCGACUUACUUGCCAAUAAUUUAAUGUUCAAACAUAAUCGUGUAACUGGCGAGUUAGCGGAUGUGCUGCUGGUGGACUAUCAACUUGCCUAUGUGGGGCCACUGGUCAACGAUCUCAUCUAUGCCUUCUACAUGCUCUACACCGCUGAGCAGCGUGCCAACAAUCGAGAAGAGCUCUUACAGUAUUAUUUUGAGAGUUUCAUGCAGGCUUUGAAAAGGCUUGGCUGUUCGGUGGAGGCGUUAAGUUUUGAAUGUUUUCAGGAACAAUUGAAGCGGCAAAAAACUUUGGCACUCUUCCUCCUGCUCAGCUUUCUGCCCAUACGCUAUGCACUUAGCGCCGGUCUAUUGGAUAGAGAUCACAUGAUGGCCACCGACGAAGAGCGCAGCGAGCUCUAUUAUAAUAAAAACUACAUGGCUGAAUUACAUAAUAUUUUGCCAAUGUAUUUGCAUUUUGGUUAUUUACAAUAA